AUGAAAGCCACGCCGCUUUUAGGGGCCAGGGCAGCGAGCCCCGGCCUGGGAUUCUCGCUCCUGCUUUCCUUCUGGCUAGCCCGCGGUGCGCUGGCCAAGGAGUUGAAGUUUGUGGCGCUGGUAUUUCGGCAUGGAGAUCGAAGCCCCAUUGAAACCUUUCCCAAUGACCCCAUCAAGGAAUCUUCAUGGCCACAAGGAUUUGGCCAACUCACUCAGCUUGGUAUGGAGCAGCAUUAUGAACUUGGAGAGCAUAUAAGGAAAAGAUAUGGAAGAUUCUUGAAUGAGUCCUAUAAUCACGAACAGGUUUAUGUUCGUAGCACAGACGUUGACCGGACUUUGAUGAGUGCUAUGAUAAAUCUUGCAGCCCUGUUUCCCCCAGAGGGCCCCAGCAUCUGGAAUCCCAGCCUACUCUGGCAACCUAUCCCAGUGCACACAGUCCCCCUGUCCGAAGAUCGGUUGCUGUACCUGCCUUUCAGAAACUGCCCUCGUUUUCAAGAACUUCAAAGCGAGACUUUGCAAUCGGAGGAAUUCCAGAAGAGGCUGCAACCUUACAAGGAUUUUAUAGAAACUUUGCCAACACUUUCAGGAUUUCAUGGCCAAGACCUUUUUGGAAUAUGGAGUAGAGUCUAUGACCCUCUAUUUUGUGAGAGUGUUCACAAUUUCACUUUACCUUCCUGGGCCACGAAGGAGACCAUGACCAAGUUGAGAGAAUUGUCUGAAUUGUCCCUGCUGUCCCUCUAUGGAAUUCACAAACAGAAGGAGAAAUCUAGGCUCCAGGGUGGUGUCCUGGUCAGUGAAAUCCUCAAUCACAUGAAGAGUGUCACCCAUUCACCGAGCUACAGAAAACUUAUCAUAUAUUCUGCACAUGACACUACUGUGAGUGGCCUACAGAUGGCGCUAGAUGUCUACAAUGGCCGACUUCCUCCCUAUGCUUCUUGCCACUUCAUGGAGCUACACCUUGAUAAUGGGGAGUACCUGGUGGAGAUGUACUAUCGGAACGAGACACAGCACGAGCCUCAUCCCCUCACACUGCCAGGCUGUACUGCAAGCUGCCCCCUGGAGAAAUUUGCUGAGCUGGUUGCCCCUGUGAUCCCUCAAGACUGGUCCGUGGAGUGUAUGGUCACAAGCCGCCACCAAGGUACUGAGGACAUUUUGGAUUAG